AUGUAGUAAGCUACGAGUUGUGAUAAGAUAUGUUAUGAGAAAUGGGCCUAGGCCUUAAGUCAUCACUAUUUUCAAUAACAAAUAAAUAAUUGUAUCUUACAGUAUGUAAUACUAAUUAAAAGAAUAAAUCUUUUAGAAAUUUUUGUUUAAAGUUUAAUUUUUAAAUUGUGUUACCGUAGUUCAUUUCAAAUGUAUUGGAAGUGUUGAAGUGUCACAUGAAAAAAAGAUUUCUUCUAGGAAGUACAAAAAUCAUAUCUUCAAAAAAUGAGUUAUUUUCAUAGUGAAAUUAUGGUUCGAAACUGAUAAGAACUCGAUUGUCCGAUGAGCAUCUACAAUCCAUGGUAAAGAUGAUUUGCAAUAAUUUCUUUCCAAGCUUACAAACUUUAUCAGAAUAUAAACACCAUCUAGUAUCAAGCUAUAAAAAUGAAGGGUGAUUGUCAGAAUUGACAAUGCCACCUCCACCACCUGCACCUCCACCUCUGCCCAAACAAGGUUUUGGUGGAUCACAUUUGGCACAUAACAAGUUGAACAACUGUGAGCCGGCUCCUGAUAGAAAUGCUCUCUUAUCUCAGAUUAGAAAAGGAACUCAAUUAAAAAGAGUAGAAACCAAUGACAGAAGCUCUCCCCUUGUUGAUGGAGCAAAAUCAUCAUCUAAUGGAUCUACAGCAAAAAGAAAUACUUCUGAUUUAAAAUCCAGUAGUCCUUUUCCUGUUAUUCCUCCUGGAGGUUUGUUUGCCCAAGGCAUUCCAAAACUAAGACCAACAACUCCAAGAUCUGGAGAUAGUUCUCCAUUGUCAUCAUUGGUUAUACAAAACAUCAAAUCCACUAAUAGUGCAUCAUCACUGGAUCAUUUACGUGUUGGCCAUAUUAGCCGUUCACAGCCUCCUAGUCCUGUAUCAAAGCCUCGUGUGACAUCAGGUGUCACUUCAUCUCAAACAACAAACUUGGAAAAUCAUGAACAUACUAGCCUGCCUGCAGGAAAUCCUAACUUCCCAGAUGAUGUUGCUGUUAAAGGUCCUGCUCCAGCUCCUCCUCCAGCAAGCCAGAAACCAGUUUUUAGAUCCAAUACUAAGACUGAAACAGACCAUACAAACUCAGAUAGUCCUGUGAAACAUACUACUGUUAAACGAUCUGCUUCACAGACUAAUCUCGGUCAACGACCUCGCCUUACUCGUCCGCCACCUAAUGUAAAACCACCACCACCACCUAAAUAUAAUUCUGCUCCUCAGACAGCACCACCACCUCCACCUUCAAAACCCCCAAAUAUACUGAGGAGACAAAGCUUUGGUGUUGGUGAAAGUCAUAAUUCUCGAUUUGCUGCUAACAAGCUGUCUGUUGCAAAUAAUGUUGCCCAGAAACCAACUGCAAAAAGCAUAGGGCCACCACCUCCACCUCCAAGGAAUAAUAGUGCCCCAAAUGACCUCAAUCAAAUGGUCGCAAGUUCCUCCCCAAAUCAGUUGAAUAAAAUGAACAUUGCACCUCCUCCACCCCCAAAUCGUGCCACAGCAACGAGUAAUAGGGGUGCACCAGUAAGACCACCACCUCCAAGGGCUCCUGCACCUCCUCCACCACCACCACAGCAUCAGUUUCCUGUGCAUCCUGCUCCUCCAUCUCAAAUGAAAGCUGUACCGUCUAUUAACUUGGCACCUCCUCCACCCGCAAGAGUAUCUUCCAUGAAACAGAAUGAUUUUGAAGAACGAUAUAGGAACAUGUUCAAUUCCGCACAAAGUUUGCCAAAACCUGAAAGAUUUCCUAGCACUCCAAAAAGUUAUCCUAGCAAAGCAAAUCAUUCUAGGCAAAUGCAGAGUACACGGCGUCAGCCACCUCCUCCUCCUCCUCAAACUGGAACUGGUGUGUCUGAUGGAAUAAGAAACCAGCCAGUUCUACAUAUUCAGUUAGAGUCUGGAAUAUUUUCAAGCAAUACUGCUCAUUGUUAAUUUGGUUUAAUCUUAGAAUUUCUCGUGUUGUAUGAAUUAUGUUGAAAUUUUUGCAGAUUAUUGAAAUAGAAACUUACUUGUACAUAUAUAUAAAGACUGACUUCUAUAUUGUUAACCACAUGUAUGUCGUGCACAAUUUGUAAUAUUUAAUAGAUGGAUAUAUAAGCGACACAUAAAAAAUCUUUUAACUUAGUUGCGAAGUAUCAGAAUUUGCAAGUUGUGAUAUUUUGGACUUGGUUGUUUGUUUUGUGCUCAAGACAUCAUGUGGUUAACGUCUUGUAACUAUGUUUGUCUUGUAGAAUAUUUUUUGAUUCAUGGCGAGGAUAUUUUAAGCGGUACUGUUAUGUAAAAUGGUCAAUAUAUCAGCACUUGUAAAAAAUUGUUAGUGAUAUUUAAGAGAAAAUACUUUUUGAAAAAAAAAAUAUAUUUCUAAUCCUUGUAAAAGAAUCUGUAUCAAUUGCAUAUUGAUCUAUUUAAUUCAUACAGAUUCUUAUGCUUGAUAUUUUUAAUACUCAUCCGCUUUGAUUGUAGUCAAAUUAAAAUAAUUUCUUACUAAAA